AUGAUUAGUGCCACAUAUCCCGAAGGUCAACAAAGCAACACUCCCUCCUCUAUUACCACGCCAACAACUGCAGCGGUUGCGGCAGCCGCAGCAGCUCGAAAACGUGUGGAUUUUGCUCCUCCUCCUCCGCCACCACCACCACCGCCACCACUACCGAUACUGCUGACCUCCAGCCGUCUACCCACCUCGAAGAUACGAAACACCGCCGACACUUUCUACCAACGUCUCUAUCAUGCCAACAAUAGCGGAAAGAACGCCAACACUAACACUAACAUCACCAACAAUGGAGUGGAUGAGAAGGGUCACUACCUACGAUCUUAUCGAAAUCCCCGAAAUCACAACAAUGGUGAUUUUGCUGUCAUAAAGUACAACAGCGCCAAUACUCACACCACAAAUGGCCGGGGUAAUGGUCCCCGCGGUGCCUCCCCAUCUCCCCUGCCUAGUCCCAAUCAGGCCAAUCGUCGCCAUGUGCGCAGCUCAAGUCUGAAGACUCACGUUCCACCGACUCCCAGCAGUCCUGUAGUCUACGCCGACAUUCAAACCAACUCCCCUCCCGAAUUUGACUAUCGGCCACGAGCAAGUGUGCGUUAA